CUUGGCUGUAUGGCGCAUAAGUGCCUUUGCCUUUUCUAAUGGAAAAAACAGUACAAAAAUUAAAUUGUCAAAUGUCACAAUUUUUAAAUGUUAUUCAAUACGACGGAGCCAUAAGUACAAAAGUUGAAGUUAUUUAACUAAAGCAAGAGAUUGGAUCUUUGGUGUAGAUACCGCGCUAGAGUGUACCACUAUAGUACUAUCAUGUACAGGAUACUGUGGAUAAGGUCAUGUACUCAUACAGUAAGAAAGAAUAUGUGUAGUCAGCCUGCUCGAGGGCAGCCUCCUACGGCAGCAACAGGCAGCGCAAGCGCCGCUCCAGGAACGGAAACAAUCAACCACAACAUCUCCCCUCAAUACAGGCCUUCAGAAUUGCAGAAAUUUAUCCUAGUAUGGACAAAGAAGUACAAGAGCAAGGAAGAGAUUCCAAACUUCGUGUCACCAGAUUUGAUUCAGAAGUCUCAAAGUCAAGCGAGAAUCAAAAUUGCAAAUGUAUUAAUGCUAUUGACCGCUCUAGCUAGUUUGGGAGCCAUACUUUCUGGUAAAGCUGCAGCCAAGAGAGGAGAAUCAGUCCACCAAAUGAACAAGGACUGGCACCAGAAAUACCAAGAGAACUAUGAAAAGCAACAUGGCAUACAGCCAGUGGCCAAAUAAAUUAUGCAUAAAAUUAUAUAAGGCAAUAGAAAACUGUUUGCUAUUCUGUAUGUUUAUAAUUAUACUGGUGUAACCACAAUGUAAAUAAACACUGGUAGUAAUAAAAUUUGUCUUACUAAAUGUAAACCCAAGC